AUGGCUAUAAUAGGUAUUUAGUUUUUUAAAGCUGUAGCACAAUCAGCAAUAUUUUUUACAUAUUAGCUUAAUUAGGGAUUAAGAGAUUUAUUCGCUAAAGGGAAUCCAAAUUAAUCAACAAUUAAUGCUCCUUUAACAUCCUCUUACAUAAUAGAAUCAAUUUGUUGUAGUAAUUGUUUAUCCAUAUAAAUAUUAAUAAUAUUAAAUUGA